AUGACCCUGUUACAACUCGCCGAAAGCGAUGUCAAUCGCAUCAGAAACUCAUGGGCUGACUUGCAGACCAACAACCGAUACCACAAAGACCAAUUUAUCUCAAGGCUUUUUGCCAAUUUGAUUGCUGGUAAUGCUGAACUCAAGUCUGUGUUUUACAGCGACAGUAUUGUCAGAGAGCAAUCCACGUUAUUUGGAGACUUGUUGAACAUGGGAGUAGUGUACUUGGAUGAGAUCCCCACGUUAGACAGAUUUAUGAAUCAAUUUUUCAGAGAACACUUGAAUAUGGUUGAUGUUGCUGUGCACUAUCUCGAACCAAUGGGUGUUGCUCUCAUUCAAACUUUCCGCCAAUGGCUUGGAAAGGGCAAAUUCGACAGUGAUCUUGAAAGCAAAUGGAUCCAGUUGUAUAUUUAUAUUGCAAACUCCUUGUUGCAAUUCUCUGAGGAUGACAGCGACGUUGACGAUGCUCCAUCUACUCCCACCGAUGCUCCACAAACCACUUCUUUGCUCGACAGGACCAACACCAUCGAGUUUCAAAUUUCUUCCAAUGACAAAUACCGUGGAUUUAGAAGAAACGACCAGCUGUGUCCUGAACCAAUUGCGAUCAAGGUUCCUACCACUUUUUCCACCCCCACAUCUACCCCAGCUCCCAGUAUCAGAGGUAGUAUUCGCUCGGUCUCUGAGAGCACCAGCGACAAUAGCGACGACGAGAAGUUUGACCCAAGACGCCGCAGUCGCAGAAGACGUUCUCCCGAGUCAGAUGCCGAGCCAAUGCUUACUCCUCGUUCUUCCAGGAGACCUUCUAUCGACAUUAAGCGCGAGUCUGUGGAGCCACCAGCGCAGGAGGAGAUUUCUCCAGUUGCUGAGGAAGCUCCAGUGGCACCUAUCGAGCAGCCAGAUGCCCGCAAGAUGGGUUUUGCCAGAGCACCUCGGGUGAUCACCGACGCUUUUGACAAGGACGACGACUUUGCCGAGUCCGACAAGAGCUUUGGAUUCGACCCACGCCAAACCAGUCGCAGAAAGUCCAGAAGUCCCAGCAGCGAAGUUGAAUCUGAAGAGGACGUUGCUCCGUUAUUUACAGCCAACCGCGAAGAAGAGAAGGCGUUGCCUGAGACUCCAGUGGAGCCAAAAGCCAGCCGCUUCGACCACACCAGUUUUGGAAUCAAGGGAUUGGCACCAAUUGUCGAAGGAGACUUUGAUGACGAUGCUGCUUCUUCGAGAUAUGCCAGCGACGAAGACAACAGUUCUUCAAACUACGGUGACAGUCUUGCUGACAAGUCGUCCAGUGACAUGGACGAGGUGAGCUCUGGGGUUUCUACGUUGUCGUUGCACAACAGCGAUUUCCGUUCUUCGAUCGGCUCGUCGUCCAGUCCUCCAAUGAGAUCACACAAGAGCAACCACAGACAGCAGUCUUCCAUGGCUAGCGACUUUACCGAUGUCAGUGUGCCUUCUACCAGCCCCAAGCUUUUGUCCAGUGCCAAUAUGCCUUCCGCCAAGGCCAUGCUCUCGCCAACUCCUUCGUUGUUGAGUCUUCCAAAACACCAGGAUUCCACCCAAAUGAGACAAAGAGUGUCGCUCGGGUUUAUGAGAAGCAGCUUUGUGUUGAAAAAGGAAAUGGAGCAAUUGGGCUACAACCAACCCGAACACGUCGAUUUGGCCAAGCCUCCUACCAUUCCUGCUGCGGUUUCAUCGUCGAAUCCUUAUGGAAAUAUGUCCCACAAUGGUUCGCGUACAAGCCAUGCAGUUCGGUUACAGAGCUUUAGCAGCAGUGAUUUGCAAUCGCGUGUGCAUUCACUGACUACUUUGGGCACCAACAAUGGAUCCAGUGCCAAGAACGUGGGUACCACAAAAUACCCCACCAGAUCACUGCCUGUACUUAAUGCCAGCUCCGCGCUGUUGUCUACAUCUCGUGGAUCUAUGAUGGCCGAGAAGAAGUCACUUAAAUCGAGAUUUUCCAAAAUGUUCAAGUCAAAAAAGAAGGACUCAUCUUUGACUUCUGCCUCGGUUGACGACUUGGCGUCAAUGAUGUCUGCAGGUUCUGAAGACUCUACUAUGUCUGGGUUCUCAUUCUUGUCCAAGAGAGGCUCCAGUGAAACCUCGAGAACCAGAGGUGCCAAAAACCGCCAGAGAUAUAACGUGUCUAGUGUUCCUUACAAUGUGUUGUUGCCGCAAAAACCUAUCCGCAGGAUUCCUGCGUAG